CGCAAAGCUAAAGACGAACAACGCUUCCUGUUUACAGAUCUGGGAGAGUUGUGAUCACGGAGGAAAGUUCUCACAGUAGGGUAGACUGAAUACUUCUCGUGGUGUGUGAAAACGAUGUCAUACAGCGUGAAAAUGACCAAGGAAUUUGAUUUUCAUCACCACCACCACCACCACCACCAUCAUACACAGUCCCAAUCAGAAACAGCCAGUCACCAUAGUAGCCAUGACAGUCAUAGUCACCAUGGACAGAGGGAUAGUGAGAGCCAACAUGGACGUCGAUAUAGACACCAUUUUGAUAUGAUGGAGAGGCGACGUGAGGAACGGGAAAGGAUUGGAGCAUGUGGGGUUCCAGAAAUAUGGGCAGAUUCUCCCCCACCUGAUGACAGCUCUGAGGAUGAGAUAAGACAUGACAAGAAAAAGAAGGUGGAGCACAAAGAUAAAGAAUGCGAUGUAGAUUCUGAAGGAGGAAAAAAAAGGAAAAAGCAUAAGAAAAAAUCCAGCAAGAGCAAGAAGCAUAAGAAAAGUAAGAAAUCACGAAAGACCAAGAAGUCGAAAAGUAGUGACAGUGAGCCAUCUGACAGUGAGAUUGAGGAUGGUGAAGUGGAGUUAAUGUGGAUGGAAAAGAAGAAACCUGGUGAGGAGGAAGAAGAAACAGUUUUCGGUCCAAAACCUUAUGUAGAAAGCACUGCAGAGAAACCUUUGGACUAUGGCAAGGCCUUGUUGCCUGGUGAAGGAGCAGCCAUGGCAGCCUACAUUGCUGAAGGCAAAAGAAUUCCCCGUAGGGGUGAGAUUGGCUUGACAUCUGAUGAGAUCCAGUCAUUUGAACAAGUUGGCUAUGUCAUGAGUGGUAGCAGACAUAGACGUAUGGAAGCUGUACGUCUUCGAAAGGAGGGCCAAAUUUACAGUGCUGAUGAAAAAAGAGCUCUGGCCAAAUUCAAUCAUGAAGAGAGAAGUAAACGGGAAACAAAAAUUCUUUCACAGUUUAGAGAAAUGGUCCACCGCAGGACCCAUAAGGAAUAGGCAGGCUUAGCAGCCUUUUGACCUGGCCUGUUAACUUCGUCUCUGGAAAUUGGAACCACCUGGGCCCAACUGAAGGGGCCUGCCCAAAACCGGGUCCGCUGGCGAGGUGUUGUUGUGGCGCUAUGCUCCUCAAGGAGUAACAUGGAAUAAACUAAACUAAUGAAAAGCCUCACUGUAUUCUCAUUAAUUCUGUAAGCAGGGACAUUGCUUUUAUGAAACAGUUGAACAAAGAACACUUGUCAACUCUUUGACCUGUUUAGUUGUUGUGUGACAAGUGGCUCAAUUCUCAACUGUGCCAUUUGCUAUGGAGCAGGAAGUGGGUCUUUAUACAUCUCAGAUUAAAAUAGAACCUGCCAAAGAUGAUUGCCUGGAAUAUCUGACAGUGAAAAGUGAGGUUAUACACCAACUAGAACAGAAUGCGGUGAUAUACUAAGCAUGAUAAAUAGGACUAUAGAAGGCGGUUCUGUAGUGUGAGUCAUUUGUAAAUAAAGUUGUCAAAUUGA